AUGUAAACAAGAAAUUGGAGAAAGAAAAAAUAACUUUUAGAAAAAUUAGCGAGAAAAAAUGAAGCAUGUAAUAGAGCAAUAAAUAAUUGAUAGUAAUAUAGGCUAAAAAUGACCAGUAGUUAGUUGAAAGUAAUAGGGAUUUUUUUUAGAAGUUCUAGAAUUUCUUUGAAAACGUUAAGGAUAUAAUAAUACCUUCCUUAUAGUAAUUGAUUUUUUUAUUCAGGUUUUUGUAGGAAUAAUUUCAUAUUUCUGAAUUAUUAACUGACCAAGAAGUAUACAGAUUACAAAAGGAUUUAAAAGAAUAAUGGACUCCUAAAUUAAGAAAAAAUUGGACUGAUGAUGAUAGAUAAAUUCUAAUAUGGAUUGUAUUAAAAAUUUGUUCAAGAGAAGGAAUAAAUAUAAGGAAAAUAGUAAAUUUUAAUGUAAUUUAAGCCUAAUAAAAUUUGGGAAGAAGUUGUUUAGUUAAUUAGUCGACGUACAAUUGAAUAAUGUAAAAAUAAAUGGAACGAUUUAUUGAAAUUAUCAUUAUAAUAGAUUCCUUGGAAUGAGGAAUAAGAUAUAUUUUUGCUUGACUUAAUAAAGUAAAUUUAAUUAUAAUUUAUAAGAAAAAGUAGAGAUGAUGGUAAAUAAAAUAAAUGGUGUCAUAUAGCUGCUUUACUUAAUAUAUAAUUUAAAGAAUCACCAAGAACAGGAAAAUAAUGUAGAGAAAGAUGGAAUAAUCAUUUAAAUCCAGAUAUUAAUAGACAUCCUUGGAAUUUAGAAGAGGAUAUAGAAUUAUUAGAAAUUGUUAAAAAGCAUUAAAGAAAAUGGGCAUUUAUUUCAAAAAAUUUAAAGAUUAAAAGAAGUGAAAAUGCUGUUAAAAAUAGGUUUAAUUGUUUACUUAAAAAAAAUCAUUGCACAUCUAUUACAACUCUCAUUAAUACUUUAAAAAAUAGAUUUAAAACUGAAAAUCCAGUAAUAUCUUUAUCUGCAAAUAAGAAAUAGAAAGUGAACUUUUAAUAUCCUAAAGAUUGGGACCAAAAAAAAUAAUAAAUUCUAAAUUAGUCUAAAAAAUAAACAACAUUUACUAUUGGAAUGUUCAAUUCUUUAGAUUUAUAUGAUCUAAAAAAUCUUCAACCAGCCUUUUAUAAUCCAAAUAAUGAAACUAUUAUACUUAGUAACAAGUAACAAUUAUAAACAUUCCUUAAUAAUUAAAUGAUUAAAGUUGAGAAUGAUUUAAAAACCAAUUUAUUUGAAGAAAUCAAUAUUUAGCAACCAGAGCUUUCAAAUAAUGGAUCUGUUCUAUAUCAGCUAAUUUUGUGAG